AUGUUUACCGCACAUGAUGUGAAGGACAUCUUCGCCCUCUUCCCUCCGCAAGACACUUCCGAUUUUGUUCCGCGGCUUGUGCUAUCCUCCAGCGGCCAUGCUUUCGUUACGCUCCAGUUUGUCCAGGCUCGUUUCAGAAGCCGCGUGACCAAAGAGACAGAGCGGAUACCGGUUUCCACAUUGGCCAACGACCUCGACAUAGGUCGAUUACUUGUCCAUCAACUAGUCCACAGCCACCCCAAGCUAUGUUUGUUCAGCGCGGACGAGGAAAGCAUUAUUCCCAUAGAUGAGCGAGACACGAUAGUCACUCGCCUGUCAUCUGGGGGACUGGCAUCCAAGGCCGAAUUCAUUGCCCAGCACCGUGUCUCUUCCAAGAGUCUUGACUUCCUCCUGUCCAGUCAAGAUUAUAACGUCCUGGAAACUAACGGCUACAUCUACACUAAGGCCUAUGCUCACAAGAUCGCGGACAUAGUAAAGAGUAUGAUUCAAAAGACGGUCGAUGAUGUCCGGACUCUCAAUAUCAAACCAGCUGAUUUGCCUGACAAUCCCCCUACAUGGUUCAUUCUGCAUACUCUCGAGCGACUCUUGCAGUCUGAAAAUCUUACUUCCAAGGUCAACAUCCAGGAAACUGACGUUAGCGUUUUGUGCACACCCAAGCGAUAUCUAGAAUCCGAACGCGAUACCACAGUCUACGACCUGCAGUCCGGCGCUCUUGCCUAUCUCGAUGUGCAAAGAUUCGCCUCCGACUUCAUCGAACUUUUCCCGUCUUCCCAAGUCGCAUUGUCUUACUUCCAGCAACUCUCAGGCAUUGAGGUAAUAGACUCUUUCGCUGUAUCACUGAUCUGGAUCUCCAGGUUAGAGCAAGAUUGCGUACGCAUCCUUGAACAAGAAGGUUGUACCCUUGAUGUCACCGAAGUGAUUGGCUCCCGUCUUCCACCAACUAUAAGGGAGCAGGUGGCCGGCCGAGCCAAGAACUCCAUUGUCGCUCACUUCUCCGAGACCACUGGAGGGCUGAAGAUAGUGCGCGUCGGCACUCUGAUACUCACUGAAAGGCGCCGAGACGGAGCACUCGACGAGCUCGCUGGCUACGCAAAAGAAGCUGCAAAGGCACAAUGGCAAAGUCUACACGACGAUCCAACCCUAGUGGAAGACGUGAAAUUCACUCGAGACAAGAUCAAAGACAUGAUUCCUCCCACAGGCCUUGUUCAGCGCCUUCUCCUCCAACAAAAACCAGUUGAGAAGUUAUUAGAAGAGCGCUUCUGGUUCCACGUGUCCUCGUUCGAAACACUGAAUGAAGAGGAGUUUGCCAUGUACUGGACAGAUCGCAUGCUCACCCGAUAUCGGAUAUACAGCGCCGGCUUAGUUUCAGUCAUGGACCAGAAAUUGCACAGCCAGCUUGCUCAGGUCUUUGCAACUUACGCACAUAAGGACCUUAUACCCGAUACUAUUGCCAAAGCACGAGCGCAGGGUCUAGUCCUCAGCCGCAAAACAAGAAAGAAUGUUACCAAGCUCUCGAGUGUGCUGGAGUCCACGACGCCUCUGGAUAAUACAUCACUAUCUUCAGCUUUGGAGAAAUUCAACAAAAAACAAGGUAUCAACCAUCCAUCUACAGAUUCGCUGGCUGCUGCCAAGCAAUCGAUGCUCGACGACAUGCUUCGCCGAAUCAAGAAACAAAAAGCUUCCGACGGCCCCGUACUCUUCUUAACGCUAGUGAUCUUGCUCUUCGCAAAGCAGUACGAUGGUGUCGUAUAUGCAACGGGAAAGUUCACACCAAAGCUGUUGAAGUUAUUGAAAGGCAAGCUGGAGUAUGAGCAGUAUGAGCAGCUUGAGAGAUGGAAGGAAGCUGCCAAGGCCAAUACCUUGAGCGCGGAGGAUAGGGAGGGUAUGGCCAGGAUGGCAGCGACGUGA